UGCUGCUGUACUCUGUCAAGAACCGCCCUUACGAAAGGCUAAGAAGAAACUGUUGUCUCCCUGCGCUGCGCAUGGGCUGGGUCCUCUUUUUUUUUCCUUUUUAAUUCACAAGGUGAGUCAGAGUGUAGGGAAGCUCUUUUCUUCCUUUCUGUAGUGAUUCAGGCAGAGGAAGUUAUAAAAGCCACCUGAAACAAAUAAAGAAGGCACAACCAAAUCAUCCACGGCUACAAAUCCAAAAGAAAACCUUCCACCUCAGUGAAGACCUUUGAUCUGGAAGAAAGUAAGAUUGGAGCACCUUCCAAGGUGCAUAGCCGUGAAAUUCCAGGAAUGCCUCAGCACUGGCUAGCCAUCCUGGGCUGCCUUGCUAUCUCUUUUCUUCUCCCUGCAGCUGCUGGUACCCGAAAAAGAGAAGCCUGUGAUUGCAAUGGGAAAUCCAGGCAGUGCAUAUUCGACAUUGAGUUACUCAGAAGAACAGGAAAUGGAUACCGGUGCCUCAACUGCAUUGACAACACGGAGGGAAAUAACUGUGAGCGAUGCAAGGAAGGCUUCUAUCGCCAGCGUCAUCAAAAUGGCUGUGUGGCUUGUGGCUGCAACCCUACAGGUUCUACCAGUGUACAGUGUGAUAACCAUGGGCAGUGCCACUGCAAACCUGGAGUGACGGGCAACAAAUGUGACAGAUGCCAGGACAACUUCCAUUCCUUUUCAGAGGCAGGCUGCACAGCUGCUGGGCAAAAACAGAUUUCCUGGUGUAAUUGCAAUCCAGCUGGAAGUACAGGGAAGUGCCAUUCAGGACGCUGUGUCUGCAAGGCAGCAACUACAGGAGAUCAGUGUCAAAGUUGUAAGCAAGGCUAUUACUACCUCGAUGCAGGAAAUCCAGAGGGCUGCUCUCCAUGCUUCUGUUCUGGACACUCGACCAAAUGUUCUAGUGCAGAAAAUUAUAGUGUUCAUAAAAUCACUUCUACUUUCCAGCAAGAUGACGAUGGCUGGCAAGCUCAAGGAAGGGAAUCCCCUUUGCAGCUUCAGCGGUCUUCGCAUCAUAAGGAAAUUUAUGUAGCGGCAAGAAGUUCUAAUCCCAUCUAUUUUGUGGCUCCAGCCAAGUUCCUUGGAAACCAGCAACUCAGUUAUGGGCAGACACUGUCUUUUCAUUAUCGUGUGAACCGACCAGGACGUCACCCUUCUCAGCAAGAUGUAGUCUUGGAAGGAGCCGGAUUGAAAGUCACUGCUCCAUUUACGCCUAAUGGAAGGACGCUACCUUGUAGAAGUGGCAAGAUGUACACACUGAGGUUGGAUGAACACCCAAGUAGCAACUGGAGCCCUAGACUAAGUAGAGCUGAGUAUCACCGGUUAAUUGGAAACCUGACAGCUCUUCAGAUCAGAGCUACUUAUGGAGACAGCACAGGGUACCUCAGUAACGUCGUUUUAGUGUCAGCGCAGCCAACCCCUGGCACUCCAGCCCUGUGGGUGGAGGAGUGUGUAUGUCCAGCUGGGUACCAUGGCCAGUUCUGUGAGAAAUGUGCUCCAGGGUACAAGCGGGAAGAUUCUGCCCAACUUGGGGCUCUUGGCAACUGUGUGCUGUGCAAUUGCCAGGGAGGAGGACUUUGCGAUCCAGAAACAGGGGAUUGUUAUUCUGGCGAUGAGACCAUGAGGCCUGUGCAGGCUGCCUGCCCAAAUGGUUUUUACAGCUUCCCACGGAACCCACAGAAUUGCCAGCCAUGCCCAUGCCCAAGUGGCUUUGGCUGCUCAGUGCUCCCCAGUACAGAGGAAGUUGUUUGUAAUAAGUGCCUUCCCGGAACUGAAGGAACACGCUGUGAAGUGUGUACUUAUGGGUAUUUUGGAGAUCCUUUGGGUGAGAAAGGCCCAGCACGGCCCUGCCAGCCCUGCCAGUGUAAAGACACAGAUCCAAAUGCUUCCUGGAUUUGCAACCGUUUGACAGGGGAAUGCCAUUGCAAAGAGGGCUACUUUCGAAAUCCUUUAUCUCUCAACCCAGCAGAAAAAUGCCAAGCUUGCAAUUGCAAUUCAGUGGGCGCUGAGCCCUUGCGGUGUCAGAGUGACGGGAGCUGCAUCUGUAAGCCAGGAUUUGAAGGGCGAAGCUGUGAACACACCCGAUGCCCAGACUGCUACAAUCAAGUGAAGAAUCAGGUCGAUCAGUACCUCCAACAACUACGGGGACUUGAAAUGCUCCUCCAUCAGAUAGACAGUGGUGGAAAGCCAGAAGGUAAUGCAGAACUGGAAAGGAAGCUGCAAGAAGCUAAGGAGAUGCUCCAGCAAUUCCUGAGAGAAGCCCAAAGUUUACAAGCAUCUGACAGGGCCUUGGCAAGCCGCCUGUCCAAGAUGAAAGUUCAGGAAUUUAGCUACCAGAGUCGCUUGGAUGAGAUUGAUGAGACAACCAACAGGCUGCAGUCCUUGGGCGGUCGGUACCAGACCCAGGUGCAAGACGCCAGGAGGCUGGUUGAGAGAGCUCGCGUGGAUUUGGAACAAAGCCAGGGAAAGCUGGGAGGCAUGAUUAUUCCAUCUCCAGACAUCCCUGGAAGUUCAAACAGUUUUCUAAUCCUGGCCCAAGAAGCCAUGACAUUAGCAAAUAGGCACACACAGCUGGCCAACACCAUUGAGCAAGCGGCCAGGGCAGCAGAAGAUGCUUCUGAACAGGUGCUGGCCUUGCUGCAGUCCUCUGUGAAUGGGAGGGGCAGCCUGGCAAACUCCAUGCAAGGGCUCCAGAAAAAGUAUGGUGAGAUAAAGCUGCUGUCCACUGAUCUGGAGGCUGAUGCUGGCAGGUUGAUGGCUGAUGCUGACAAGACCUAUCAAGGCAGCCAGUUGCUCAUUGGCUUUCUAGCUCGUCUGCCAAAAGUUGACAUAGCUCUCUUUCAGGAGGAGGCCAAUCAGCUCCGGCAGAAGGCAGACUCUUUAACAAGCUUAGUGGACGUGUACAUGACACAGUACCAACGCCUGCAAAGCAACACCAGGAAUUGGGAGGCGGAGAUGAAGGAGCUCUUGCUAAAAGGAGAAAAUGAUAGACUGGCAUCUGUCCAACUGUUGUCUCGUGCUAAUGUUGCCAAGAGUAUGGCUGACCGGGCACUGAAUGCUGGCAAUGCUACCUUAGAUGAAGUUGAUAACAUCUUGAAGAAUCUGAGGGAGUUUGAUCUUGAAGUUGGUAACAAGCAACUGAAAGCCACCGAGGCCAUGCAAAGGCUUCCUGUCAUCAGCAACACAGUUGCUAGUGCCACUGAAAAGACAAGACGUGCAGAAUCAGCCCUGGGUGCUGCUGUAACAGAAGCAGAGGCAGCCCGGAGGAUGGCUGGAGAAGCAAAGGAGAUUGCUGGAGGCAUCAAUCAGGAGAUAGGAAGGCUGACCUUGGAAGCCAACAGGACAGCAGAUGGAGUGCUAGCUCUGGAGAGGGAAAUCAUGGCUCUGCGGAACGAGGCAAGAGAGACAGAUGCGAGGUUGCAAAGAAAGGCACUGGAGAUUGAUACGGAUGCUACUGCGGCUCAGGAAGUUGUGCAGAUGUCCCAGAGAGCCAAGGCAAAUGCUGGAAGGGCUGGUAGUUCUGCCCAAGAAGUUCUCAGUGCCCUAGAAGACAUUCUGCGCAUGAUGGAUCAACCAGAGGGUAUGGAUGAGGAAAGUGUGAACAUGCUGGAGGCAAAUCUCAGGAAGGCCAGAACAAGCAACAGCCAGUUGAAGGAACAGCUGCUACAGCUGGAGCAAACAGCUAGUCAGCAGAAACUUCGCAUCCAGACCCUGAAGAGGAGCAUCACGGAGAUCCUUGCAGAUAUCAAGAACCUGGAGGAAAUUCGGCAAAAUCUUCCUCCCAAGUGUUACAAUGUGCAACCCAUUGAAAGACCUUGAAAGCAUUCGGACUCAGGGCAGAGCAAACAGCCACGUACUGGCCAGAUUUCAGGGGGAAUAUCAGAGUUAAGCAAGGAGGCGAUAUAAGAGAUCAAACCCCUCCAAGGACUGGCUGCGUGAACAUCCUUUUCAAGUUGCUAAUUCCUUGUGGGUUGGGAUGCAAUACAGUAGUUAUAUUUUGGCCGUGUCCACAGUGGAAGCAGUAACGAGUGUCUCAUUACUGGGCCGCAGCAGGAAAAUAAGCAGGCUGCAUUUUUUUAAAAAAGGGGGGCGGGGGGGGCGCUACCUCAAUGCAUGAACUCUCUUCCAAACCAGGAGCCAACUGCUGAACCAGAGCAUUCUACUGUUUCCUCUGCCUGGCCAUCCUUUCUCCCAGGUUGAAUGAAUGGAACAAGGACUGGUGCUAUAUUGUUACAUUAAUCAUCCCAUUAUGAGGUAUUUAUCGCCAUGAAUGGCCCCUAACUUUUACUCUUCCCCUCAGGAUAUAGUGACUGAGGAUAAGAUCUAUUAGGGGCUCUAAAAGCAUAUUUAUCCUGCAGAUCUACAGUGGUUUAAUAGUCAUUUCCUCACCCCAGGGAUUUGAGACUCUCUGGAAAUGGGGUUGACAUGUAUAUAUGUAUGAUCAAACUACAGUUCCCAAUAUCUGGGGAAGGGGAAAUGGACAGCUAUUUAUAUAAAAGCAGUAGUUUAUAUAAAUCAACCUUCCUCUGUAGUGAUGAUUGAAUGUGUCUGGACUUCAUGUUUCUCUUGUUUUGCCACUGAAUAUGGGAUGGGUUAGGGUGCUGGCUGUCUUCCUGCUGUUUGGCUUCCUGUAUAGCCCAGCUAGCACAUAUAGAUCGCCAUGGUUUGAAAAGGUUAUUUCUAUAUUUUUUCAUUAUCUUACUCAUCCUGAAGACUUGCAGUGGGGAAAAACUAACAGGGAAGAGCAUUACUUCACUAUAUAAAUAAACUCAGUGGCUGAAGAACUGGAUUAAAGAAGGUUCUCUGUGAUGCAUAUGGCACCACACAUUAGGCUUCACAGGUAUUUUGUGCUCAGUUUUGUCCUGUUGUUUAUUACAUGCAGUGGUUCCAUGCUAACAAGCUGCAUCCGUUGAUUUCUAAAUAUGAUCUCUCAUGCAAUGUCAAAAAUCUGUCAUGUUAAUGGGAAAAAAGGAUGAUAAACAUGAAAAUCCUAUUUAAAGUUUUUGGGGAUGAGGACUAAACUGGUUUUCCAUAGCCUUGCAGAUUAGCAAGAGAUAAAGCAUUCCUUGUGUUUUGUCACAAGCAGAGGCGGUCAGCUGUGUCUGCACAUAAUGGCUCCUUACAAAAUUGCAAUGUGUAUGUUAUAUGCAAUCAAGUAACAUCUGACUUAUCAUCAGGCUAACAGGGCUUUCAAGAUAAGUGAGAUAUCUAAGGAGUGGUUUUACCCCAUUCCCAGUGAUUUUCCAUGGCUGAGCAGGGAUUCAAACUCAGGCCUCCUAUCAUUCUGCUAUUCCACACUGCUAUAUCCAGCAAUAAAGUGGGUCAAUCAACUAUGCUGCAACAAAUACAGCUAGUAC